AUGGAGGAGCCACCGCCCGCUCUCUCGCGCUCGCCUCCAAAUGGGUCUCCGACGCAUCACAACCCUAUCGCUUCCACUGUCAUCCUCAUCGUCGCCACGGUCGGCCGUCUGGAAUCCCUCCUUGCCCACCUUGCAGCCUCCAGAGCGCGCUUCCCGGAUUCUCCCCCACAAAUUCUGGACUUAUUCCUGCUCUGCACAGAAGUCACCAACACAACGGGCCCGGACGCGGACGAGACUCCAGCGGAGCCAGGAUCAGACUCCGCGCACUACGCUGCACACCUCUCCUCCCUCUUUGCCCAGGCUGGCCCCAGCCUUGAGACCCUAAGCAUCGUCUUCAUGGAGCGCAAUCUGAGCUGGAACACCGCCCUGCCCACGCAGCUCCCACAUCUCCGCGAGCUCACGGUGGUCAAAGCGUCUCAAACGUUCGUCCUCGCGCACUGGGUCUACCUGGCCUCGCUCGGCAUCGCACGGUUCGGGGGGCACGCGCCACAGCUCACGCACGUCCGCCUGUCGAAUUUCGAGGGCCUCGCCAGCUCCGCCGGCGCCUUCAACCGCCCCGAGGGUGCCUCGCCACUCUCCAAGGUGCCGAUCCCGCCCUCGUUGCGCAACGUCAGAUUUCUGCUGCUCCAGGUGAGCCCGUUCAUGCUGCGCGACGCGACCUGGAUCCAGACGGCGCACAUCGAGGGCAUCGAAAACAUCUGGCGCGCGCUCGAGCAUUCGAGUCUGCCCGUGUGCAUGAUUCCCGCGCAGCGGCAGGACGACGCGCUCGACCACGCCGGGCGCGACGUCCAGCGGCUCGCGCGGGAGCGGCUCGCGCGGAUUCGCGGGGGCGAUGGAGGGAUCGGGUGCUGGGAGGUCCGUGAGGGCUGGAAACGCGCGAAGCAGAGGGGGGACGUCCCCGACUACCUCGUCAACAGAGAUCUGUGCGAGAGGCAGUCGUACUCUUUAUCUGAGCCGCUAUGGUAG